UAGGAGGGGAACAGGUUUUUUUCAACCUUAAGCAAGAGGAAUGCUUCUGUGCUCCUUUUUCAGUGCUACUCAUGUACUCAGUAUAUUGAAACUGAACAUGAUCAUGCCACUUUCCCUUUGGUGCUCUUGCUAGCACCCUGGGGAAAACAGCAUAUUUAGAAGUAGCAGCACAUUGGUGAUCCUGGGGAGAGCAAGUGGGGACUAAGGAGGGAGAAAGAUGCACACACAGACAAACGCACACAAUGGGAGUGAAGAGAGAGAGAGAGACACAAUGGGAAUGGAGGGAGAUGGGGACACACACAGAGUGGGGAUGGGAUGGGGUGGAAACUCACAAACGGGACAGUAGAAUGGAAUGACUGCCUAGUCAGGGAGGUAUCCAAAGUAGUGGCUGAUGAUUCAGGUGUUUGUGUUGGUAAAAGGGUCAAUAAACACAAGGCCCUGAAUAUAUUUUAUGCUCUGAUCAGCUACAGUGCGGUUUCUUUAUUUGUCUCCUGGCUUGUAUCAUCAUCUUCAUCCUUCAUCAUCAUCUAUAUAGUAGGUUGAUCAUAAAACAACCACAGUAAUGGUUUUCUUUUACAUACGAGCACAGUAGUGACCCGAUAGCCUAGGAUACCCCCUCCAAGCUGCUUGGCUCAGCUGCAUCCUGCCUAAGAGCAUGGGUAUCAUUUGCACUAAUGUUACUUACUGAAAGCCUAACCCUGAAGUUCCUUCUUUGUGCUACUCAGUCCUCCUCACUCAGGCAAACACCCCAUUCAUCUCAAACACAGAGGAAGCCAGCUGACUUUGCUUCCCCAUUCGCUGGUAUAUGAGGUUCCACAUACAGUUAAUCAAAUAUUCCCUUCCCUUUGGGCUGACAAAGGUGCCUUAGAAAAAAUGUUAUUCAGAAUUCAUUUACAGUGUUUUAUCUGAAGCCUUAAACACUUACAUUGCUUGAAGUGCUAUAAUUGGUUUCUGUUCUCUUCAUCUAAUUCCUGUAAUUGUCGCCAGGUAGUUCUCCCCCACCCCUCCCAGCAUUUCACGGCAAUUAUUGUCAAGUAGCCAGGGCUGUAAAACAAACAGAUUUUUGUAUUGACCUUCCCCAGAUUUUAUCUAUAUCUAAUCUACAAUUCUGUAUUUUAUAUUGGGAUUAUCACCAUGGUCAAAAUUUAGAUUAAUUAAAAUAAGACUGAUUCUCUCUCUCUCUUUCUCUCUCUCUCUCUCCAUUUAUAAAAUACAUAUUUUAAAGUCAAUACAAAAGUGGUCUUAUAUAAUGAGACACAUAAGGCCACAACGUUCAGAUACGGAACCUUCCAAACUUUGAGGUUGUUCAGACCUGGUGUUUUGUUUCAGUCCAUAACAUUUGGACUAAAAUACAAACUUUAAUGAACAAGGGUGCUGUCUGCACUGCUGGAUCAAAGUUUGGAUAACACAAUCCCUUCAAAACCAGAAAGUUUUAUUAAUGCCUGUGUUUUUGGAAACACCGUCGUUGAACAACAAUAGCCGUCAUUUUGUGCACCCUACUUAUUUGGAAAGAGGAAAUGCAAAGAGAGCUGUGGUUCCUAAACAUAUGUAGUCAGAUGCAUCACCAGAAAUUAUAACCCUUGACCUAAAGACAUGCAGAAGUAAAGAAAGUUCACUCUGAAGAAUGGAGGUUAACUUGCUUUGUGUAAAUUGCUUCUGAAUUGGCAACAUGAUGGACAACCCAGGAACAGUUUGUUUAGGGCUCCUAGAGAAAAGCUGGAAGGAGUAAAGUUUUCAGCAUUCUUUUUGUAGUUGGGUAGAAACUAUAUUAAACUGUAAAGGCAAAACAAUGGUUAUGAUCUGCUUCAUGCAUGAAUAACAAAAAUGUACCAGCCUAUCCAAAUACAGCAUAGCAAUAGUAAUGCACCAAAAAGGAGGGGGGGAAACCUGGUACUGGGAUUGCUUUGGAAUAAAUGUAAUAAACAGGGCACUGUAAUAUUUCUAUUAGAACUGAAGGGCAGUCUGCUCUGUAUGCUGUGUAAAAUGACACAAUGGGAAAAUUAGGAUUUAAGGCAUCUCCCUAAACUCUUAUCUUUCCUUAGAUUGAUUCACAUCUGCACUAAUUGUUAUCUGUGCAGUUCACAUUUGUUUUUCUUUUGUUAGCCUGUUUCCCUUUCUUGUUUUAAAGAAUAGUUUAUCUGCACACCCUGGAAGGGUGUUACUCAUAAAGAUCACAAGCUUUUAGAUCAAGCAAAACAUUGGCACGUUGACUAAAAAAACAAAGCAUGCUGAGGCUUUAAAACACAAGUGCCGCAUUGCAUUUGCAAUGAGGCAGUAACUGUGUCUCUUGUUGUCCGUUGCCAGGGUUCUGCUAGAUCUCAGAGUUUGCAUUUCCAUGGUCAACUGGCAAGUAUAUUUUUUAAGUAAUCUAUGCAUUUGAGAAUAACUGCGCUAGUAUUUCAGUGUUCUUAAUCCCCACUGUAUUUCACGAUGAAGGACAAAAAUGUUAGGGCUUGGGUUUUUUGUUUUUGAGGGGGAAUGUCAGAUGGUUUCUAUUUGUAUUAGUUGGUGGUUAAAGGACUGGGAGUAAGGGAAUGAGAUUUAUUCCCAGCUCUGUCACUGUUCCUCUGUAUGACCUUGGGCAAAUCACUUAACCUCUCUGUGCUUCACCUUUUAUCUGUAAAAUAUAGAUACAGCUACAAGUCUUUACUUCACAGGGAUGUGUGAGGCAUGUAAAGCAUGCUGAGAUCUUCAGAUGGGAAGCAAAAGAGAAAUCCAAAAUAUAAUUGUUUAUGAUUAUUCAAUAUAUACAGAAGCACUCAUCUGUCUUUAUUUUUAUUCUCAAGGUGAUUUUACAAUGGAUGGAAGAGCAGACUCGUUAGUGAUGACUGUGCAUCUUCUUGCCACCUCUGGGCAUUCAUUACUCCUGCAGCAAACUCUUGAUCGGCUUCUGGGGUGGAUCUGUCUGGAUGUUCGCCUCUUCCUUGUAUCCGAACGUGUUACUCCAGUGAAGUAUUAUGAGAAAUAUCACCGGAAAAGCUCUGGAUUUCCUGGGAUGUCCAUUCUCCUUUUCCUGCAUGAGGACUUUGGGGAAGAACGGAUUUUUCAGGUCCAUGAUUUUUUCCAGCACCCUCCAUGGCAGGAUCACCACAUGCAACAUGCUAAUGGGAAACAGUACCCUUAUGCACCUGCUGGCCAGGAAUUUUAUGGUCUGGAUGAGCAUAUGCCUGUAUGGGGUGUACGGCAAGUCCAUUAUGGCACUGAAAUUCUGCGCGUGACUCUCUACUGUAGCUUUGAUAACUAUGAUGAUGCAGUCAGACUUUAUGAGAUGAUCCUACAGAAAGAAGCAACUAUGCAGAAGAGUAACUUCUGUGUCUUUGUGCUGUAUGCAACACAAACCAUUGCUGUUCAGCUCUGCUUGAAGCAGCUGCCCCCGGGGGUCUCUGUUGAACUGAAAGAAUCUUCCGUGUUGCAAUUCAAGGUCCAUGAAAUUGGGCAGCUGGUACCUCUUCUGCCUAAUCCAUGUAUUCCUAUCAGUAGCACCCGAUGGCAAACUCAGGACUACGAAGGAAACAAAAUCUUGCUUCAGGUUCAAGGCAACUCAAAACACAAUGAAAAAAAUGACGGGCUUUCUAAUCAGCACAAUAAUGCAAGUGAAGAAAAGAUCCUACAGAAUUCCAUGCUAGCCCCCUUUCCCACAAAGUGGGUUAAUCCAGAACAAAAAAGCCGGAAGAUCAGAAUGAUGAAGUAUAAAAUCAAAUCAGAAGACAGAAUUAUUUCUGGGAGCGUUAGCAGCACCCCACAGAGUAACUCCUGCUCUUCAUCCCAGGCCAGCAGUCCAGCAGCUACUUCACGGUCUGAUACCACCUCUUUCAAUGUAAGUGCAGGAACUAAACUGAACAUCUCCAGCCAAGAAAUCCAUUUUCAAAGGCAAGAAGCAGAGACCAAUGUUGACACAGGAUUCACGGUAGUAAAUUCUGAAUGCAAUCCAUCUCCACUUAGCAGGUUUUCAAGGGACUUGCAGGACAGUCUUCCUCAGCCACAAGCACCAAACUAUUCAUUAGCUGCUGCUGGCUCCAGAAUCAACUUGCCUUCUGAGGAUAGAAUCCAUCUGUCAUUAUCUGCUGUCAAAAGAAAUAAAGGAGCAGGACAGACAGCUUCAAACUUUCACUUGCGAAUAUCAAGAGCAAACCAUGGAAAUGGAAAUGAAGAGGAGGAGGAAUUCUUUAUUUGACUUGAAACAAAUGUGCCUGACAGACUGACUUUAAAACUGAUAGAUAAAUGCUUUAUUCUGGAAACAGAGAGAAAGCAAUCUGCAUGCUUUUAACUCUGUGUUUAUACAGACACCAAGAUGCCUAGGCUACCUGUUCUGUUAUGAAAAAAGACUUCAGUGGGGUUUUAUUGCAAUAGAGUCACUUUAUGUACAAAAAUGCUAAUGGGACAGAGGGCAAAACCAGAAAAAAAAUCAUGUGCAGUUACACAGUGAGUUUGAUUCUUUUAAAUACAGAACACCCAACAGCAUAAUUGUGCAAUGAAUGGGAAUAAGCCAUGUGAGUCCUAUUACUGUUUGUAAACUUUAAUCAGUAGCCUGUGACACAUUCUGUCUUGUGUAGUUGCAUUAGAGGGAUUUGGCAGUGGGGAGGCAGUGGAAUGCUACACUGCUAAAAAUAGCAAUGUGGAUACGGGGACACUGCAUGAGUGUGUAGAGAGUUGUGUAGGGUACAUGGAGUUCAGGUGUGUAGGGCACUCUACUCAUAGGGGGAAGGGAUAGCUCAGUGGUUUGAGCAUUGGCCUGCUGAAGCCAGGGUUGUGAGUUCAAUCCUUGA